AUGGCCUUGGAUACUCUUGGAAUUGACAAAAUAGCUACUGGUCACACCUUCGAGAACUGCGAUAUCAGCCAAAAUAAGGAUUUAGAGCAGUAUCUUGAUACAAAUUUCGGUCUAACCAGCACUGAGAAGAAUCUGGAGUGCGGAAGGGACGAGAAUAGCAACCUUUUUCCUCAAUAUAUGAGGAUGACAGAGGGUCAGCUCAACAAGAAAAACACCCGUCUUUCCCCGGAAUACAUUAAUAAACACUUUUAUGUGUUUAAGGGAAUGGGGGAGGUGGAAAUUCUAGACGGCUUCGUUUACAGCAGCCAGCUUGACAGAAACAAGGUGGAAUCGGCUCAUAUAUCUUUUGAUUUGGAGCUGGUUAGGAAUCACCGGAGGUACGCUGUUCAAAACGUGGGACAUGAUUUAACUUCUAAUGAUAAUAUGCUAAUUGACAGUCUAGUACCGAGGGAAGAUGCGCCCAGGAUGCUACAGGUGGUGUUGGCAGAAACAAUGGACCGUCGACAAUGGCGCCUGACAGAAACACGUUUCUGCACAGAUCAUCCAAAAGAACAACCACUUCGUCAAGGACGCAAUUCCAACUGGGCGGCAACUCGAGAGCAUAGAUGCCAAGGUCGUAACUAUUGGAGGAUGAGUGAGCCAGGAUGGUUACCUGCAGAAGAUGGGUCAGAUAGUGGCACUACUGGACAACGAAUGGGGCAAUGGUUCUUUUCGAGAAACAAUGAAAGCCAGGAGUAUAGUCUAAUGUCUCAGAACCCGAUCGACAAAGCAGGCCUUCAAAGUCCAAGACCUUUCCAGAGGCUUACAGCAACUGAAGUCAUGGACCAACUGGUGACCCAACCACAUAGACAUGAUUUGGACAUGUAA